AUGGCUCCAGGACGCACUCAGCAAAGAAGGCCUGAUCUUGAUUCUGGGGAGAAUAAAGGAGAUGUGGGACCCCCUGGAUCCACCUACUCCUUAUACUCUGUGGAUCAGUGCAGCACUGACUCACUGACUCGCAGUACUGACUCCAAAAACUCACUGACACUCUCUCAGGAUGUUGAAGAUGCCUGUGCAAUGGCUGUGCUCAACUGCCUCUUCUGCCGGUUCUAUGAUCUGUGCUUCAUGCUACCGGACACGUGCGAAAGUGUCGCUAUUCACACCUGCCCUUCCUGCCAGAUUCUUUUGACCCCUUUAGAGCCAGCUCACAACAAUGACUGGAGCUGCCACUGCAACUUGGACUGCGGCCUGUUCAACGCUUGUCAUGAGACGGGAGAAUGUCUGGAGCUAGCCAUGGAGAUCUCUGAGAUUUGUUACCGCUAA